ACACUGCUUCCGCCUUUAGCAGGUUUUGGCGUACUACAGGGGAGGAGAUUCCCUCCCGCCGACAGGUUGCUGUCAUUACAGACACCAUGUUAUCCUACUCCCGGUGUCUCACCCGGAACUUCGGUCGUUCUCUCUUGGUCUUUCGUCAGGGAAUCAAUGUGUCUGCACGGCGGGCUGUGCCAGGAUUGUCAGCUAGCUGUAGUGUCACUGUCAAUAACCCUACGACAUGUGAAGCCAGGUCCAGCAUCUUCCAAAUCAGAUACUUCAAGACAUCUGUAGCUUGCAGGAAUGAAGUCAUCACAGUAAAGACACCUGCAUUUGCAGAGUCUGUCACGGAGGGGGAUGUGAGGUGGGAGAAAGCGGUUGGUGAUUCCGUCAAAGAGGAUGAGGUGGUUUGCGAAAUUGAGACCGACAAGACAUCCGUGCAGGUGGCGUCUCCUGCUGCUGGGGUGAUUGAGGAGCUGCUGGUCCCUGAUGGGGAGAAGGUCGAGGGAGGGCAGGUUCUCUUCAAACUCCGGAAAGGAGCUGUUGCUGCCCAAGCUGCAGAGGCCCCAGCAGCAGCAGUAGUAGCCGCUCCUCCACCCCCCCAUGAUGCAGCCACAACGCCCUCUCCUGCUCCCUCUGCAGUGGGCCCCAUCCCUACCACUAUGCCCCCAGUGCCACCCGUCCCAGGAGCUGCCAUCUUUGCCACACCAGUUUCAGCCAUCAAACCCACUGCUGCUCGUGCUGCCCCAGCCGCUGUCACAGAUGGAGGGGGUAAACCAGUCAGGACAGAGCACAGGGUGAAGAUGAACCGUAUGCGUCUGAGAAUCGCCCAGAGACUGAAGGAAGCCCAGAACACCUGCGCUAUGUUGACAACAUUUAAUGAGGUCGACAUGAGCAACAUCAGUGAGAUGAGGAAGGCCUACAAAGACGCUUUCCUGAAGAAACACAACAUCAAGCUGGGCUUCAUGUCUGCAUUUGUCAAGGCUUCAGCAUAUGCUCUGAUGGAACAGCCUGCCGUCAACGGAGUCAUUGACGACACCACCAAGGAGAUUGUGUACAGGGACUACGUGGACAUCAGUGUGGCUGUAGCAACACCAAAGGGCUUGGUGGUGCCUGUCAUCCGUGGAGUGGAGGGAAUGAACUUCGCUGACAUUGAGAAGACCAUCAACGAGCUGGGGGAGAAGGCUCGUAAGAAUGAGCUGGCCGUGGAGGACAUGGAUGGAGGAACCUUCACCAUCAGCAACGGUGGCGUGUUUGGAUCCAUGUUUGGCACGCCCAUCAUCAACCCUCCACAGUCUGCCAUCCUGGGAAUGCAUGGUAUCUUCGAGAGGCCAGUGGCCAUCGAGGGCAAGGUGGAGAUCCGCCCCAUGAUGUACGUGGCUCUGACGUACGACCAUCGCCUCAUCGACGGCAGAGAGGCGGUCACCUUCCUGCGUAAGAUCAAGACUGUGGUAGAAGAUCCCAGAGUGCUGCUACUGGACAUGUGAGCCAGCCUCCCCAGUCAAUGGCUAAACAAACCAAUCUACCGACCUUCACACGCAGCAGCUAUACCUGCCUGAUUAAC